CUUUGGUGAUAAACAGAUGUAGAUUAAUAAGUUUUAAAAUUUAUUCAUAUAAAUAUAAAAAGUAAAGUAAUUUAACUGCUUAUUGCUGAAAGAAAAAUUAGAGAAAGGAAUAUAGAAAUUAUAAUUUGAGUUUAUAUUACAUUUAUAUUUAAUUUCUGUGACACUUAAUUUCUAUGGCAUGGCGAUGGGUGCCAAUAUGUUUGCUCGGGUUUCGUUUUAUCCAACACUUUUUUAUAAUGUCUUAAUGGAAAAGAUUACCAGACGCAACUGGUACGAUCGUAUCGAUGAUAAUGUUAUAUUAGGAGCACUACCAUUUCGUUCUCAAGCCAAUGAACUUAUUCAAAAAGAAAACAUGAAAGCUGUCAUUUCGAUGAAUGAAGAUUAUGAGCUGACAGUCUUCUCUAAUAAUUUAACGAAAUGGCAACUUAUGGGAGUUGAGUUUUUACAAUUGGCUACCACUGACAUAUUUGAAUCGCCGUGCCAAGAAAAAUUGCAUAAAGGCGUAGAAUUUAUUAACAAAUUUUUACCUCGCGAUAACCGCAUUAAAGGCUUAAGUACCACCGACAGUCCUGAAAAUGUAGGCACCGUAUACGUGCAUUGUAAGGCGGGACGUACUCGCAGCGCUACAUUAGUGGGUUGUUAUUUAAUAUUGAAGAACGACUGGACUCCUGAACAAGCGGUCGAACACAUGCGAAUUUGCCGUCCUCAUAUAUGGCUGCAUACUCAACAAUGGGAAGCUUUAAGAGAAUUUUAUAAAAACCAUAUCAAUAGAAAGCAAUCUUAAACGUCAUGUGCCCUUUUGAGCAUCAGCAACAUCCCUCUUACAUAUAUGUAUAUAUAUAUAUAUUUCUUUUU